GCCACAAGUGAAGAGCCAGUGGCGUUUUCUGAAUGUCAAGACUCGUGAGACUCCACAUUUUGAGGAAGUUUCCUUACUGAAAUGGCCAAUCUGUUGGCCUCACUGCGCGGGACCAUGAAUUCUGGAUCGCACGACGUGCUCAAUGCAGUGUUGCCGUUGUUGAAGCUCCUCACCAUAACGCUAAUCGGUCUCCUGCUCGCCCACCCGAGAUUCAAAAUCGCCCCUAAGUCCACUUUCAGGCUGCUCAGCAAGCUCGUGUUCGCUCUGUUCUUGCCCUGCUUGAUCUUCACCCAUCUUGGCCCCUGCAUUUCGUACAAGAGCAUUGUCCGGUGGUGGUUCAUUCCUGUGAACAUCGUAAUCAGCACCGGCAUCGGGUGCGUCCUGGGGUUCGCGGUCGCGCUGAUAUGCCGACCCCCGCCUGAAUUCUUCCGGUUCACUGUGAUCAUGACCGCGUUUGGGAACACGGGCAAUCUUCCUCUAGCAGUCGUUUCGUCGGUGUGUCACAAUGUGGAGAACCCGUUCGGUCCCGAUUGCUAUGGCCCUGCUGUGGCCUAUGUCUCCUUCUCGCAGUGGGUCUCGGUCCUGUUGGUCUACACUCUCGUGUACCACAUGAUGGAGCCACCACUGGAGUUCUACGAGGUCAUUGAUGAUAGAGUCGAGAUACAGGAGAUAACCGAAGAAGAUUUGGAUAGACAGUCAAUCCAUGGGGACGCACAGGCCAACGAUCUAAGCAGGCCGCUCCUAGUCGAAGCCGAAUGGCCUGGAAUUGAAGAUAAAGAGACCGAGCAUUGCAAGACACCCUUAAUUGCAAGGCUGUUCAAUAGCAUGCCCGGCUUUUCGCACACCGCACUUCCAGAACUCGAUCCGCCGGAGUUCGGCAGUGAAAACAGCCCAAAGUCCAUGAGGUGCUUAGCUGAGGCGAAGGUGAUUAGGAAGAUCAGAAUCGUCGCCGAGAAGACCCCGAUUCACCACAUCCUUCAACCCGCAAUCAUAGCAUCUCUCUUAGCAAUAUUUGUAGGGAUGAUUCCUAAACUCAAGGACUUAUGCUUCGGAGACGAUGCGGUGCUUGGCUUCCUUACGGACAGUUUGGACAUCAUGGCGGGUGCGAUGGUGCCCUCGGCGAUGCUCGUCCUCGGGGGAAUGCUCACCGAGGGCCCCAACGAGUCAAGGCUCGGUCUCCGCACCUCGAUCGGGAUCAUGGUCGCCCGGCUGCUGGUGCUUCCCCUGCUGGGCAUUGGUGUAGUACUCUUGGCCGAUAGAUGGGGCUUGCUGAUGGCCGGGGAUGAGCUCUACAAGUUCGUGCUCCUGCUGCAGUACACGACGCCGAGCGCCAUCUUGCUCGGGGCGAUCGCGAGCCUGAGGGGCUACGGCGUGAGCGAGGCCUCAUCGCUUCUCUUCUGGCAGCAUGUGUUGGCUUUGGUCUCUCUGUCCGUGUACCUGACCGUCUACUUCAAGUGGCUUCUGUCUUCCGGUUGAGAUUUGUGCGAAAGGGUCCUUUUGAGGUGUUGGCCUUGAGCUUAUUUUUGUUUGUUCAUCUCGCGAUCCAGUUGAUGUAAUUUCACAGGCAUGUGGUGCCAAUAUUCUUUGUUUGGGUUUGGAAGAUUAGGCCUCUUUAGUUUCUAUAAAUUUUUCCAAUUCUCAAUUCGAAAAAAUGUAGAUAAUAAUUAGAGGUGUAAUCGAGUCGGGUCGAGUCGAACAUAUAAGAUGCCAAGCUCGAG